CUGAAAUCCACCCCCCUUUCCCUGCCUAUAAAUGCCUCCAGUCCCCUCAAAGAAGGAAAGCCUGGAGUUUUCUCUGAGAAGACUUGCUACCUGUGGAGGCUGAGGGACAGGGAUCUCUGCAGGAAAUGUCCAGGUUUCAGCAGGGGAUCCGUGGGACCCAAAGGGAUCUACCAGGGCGAUCUCUGGGGAAGAGAGACUUUUGGGAGGCCUUCUGUCCUUUCUCUCUGCAGGGAAGGAAAGAAGGCCAUGGGGCGAUUCCUCUUCGUGAGCUUCGGCUUGCUGGUCGUGUUCCUCUCCCUGAGUGGAACUGGAGCUGAUUUUGAUUGUCCCUCUGAUUGGUAUGCCUAUGAUCAGCAUUGCUACCAGCUCUUCAAUGAACGGAUGACCUGGGAAGAUGCAGAGUGGUUCUGCACGAAGCAGGCGAAGGGCGGGCAUCUCGUCUCUGUCAAAAACGCUGGAGAAGCAGACUUUGUGGCCUGGAUGGUCACUCAGAACAUAGAGAAACCCUUUUACUAUGUCUGGAUUGGACUGAGGGUUCAAAACAAAGAGAAGCAAUGCAACUCGAAGUGGAGCGAUGGCUCCAGCGUCAGUUAUGACAACUUGAUGGAUCUAUAUAUUACAAAGUGUAGUGGGCUGAAAAAAGGGACAGGGUUUCGUAAAUGGUUCGUUGUUAGAUGUAUAGAAAAGAAUCCUUUCGUCUGCAAGUUCCCGCCACAGUGUUAAGAUCCGGCUGUGUGAAGUCUGGAGAAGCAAGGAAGCCCCCCAUCCCCACACCCCACUCCCACCUGCCGCAAUCUCUGCUCUGCCCCCUUUGCUCAGUGGAUGCUCUCUGUGGCUGGAUCUGGUUUUGCUGCUCCUGAUGGGCCAGAAGGUCCAAUAAAUUCUGCCUAGCAUGA